CUCGAAUCAAAUGGAGAGAAUUUUGAAAAUAAAAUUUGGAUGCUCAUAGGGAUAUAUGCCUGUUUGCAGGUUCUUGUCUCUUUAGCGGAGGUGGCUGUGUGUUUCUCUGAGGAGGAAUGGUCUCAGCUAGAUCCUGUUCAGAAAGACCUGCACAGAGAAGUCAUGCUGGAGAACUCCAGAAAUGUGGCCUUUUUGGGAAAUAAUGUUCAAGAGAACAAGGAAAUCUUCCAAACAUUCAGGGAUGAAGAGAGAAGAAAGGAGUUUUCAUACUCAAUGGAAACAACAGAAAACGAAAGAAAUCUGUCAAACAGGAGUAAAAGGAGCUUAACUUUCCCAUCCAUUGAAAUUCAAGGAGAUCAGAAAGGUAAUCCAAUUGUGGAAAAUGUGGAAACAUUUGAAGAGAGCUUAGAUCUAUAUGAACAUUACACAAUUCACAUUAAAGAAGAGGAUCUAGGCGAAGAGGUUGAAAAAAGCUACAAUUGGACUUCUAGCAUUUCUUUAUGUGGAGAAGCCAAAAUGAGAAAUAAAACAUAUAACAGUACAGAGAAUGGAAAGUAUUUGAGUGGGAGCAGUUCUCUUAUUCCUAGUGAAAGGACUGACUCAGGGGAAAAACCGUAUAAAUGUGUGGAAUGUGGAAAGAGUUUCAGCCAGCGUGGUAAUCUCAAUUCCCAUAAAAAAAUCCACACAGAAGAGAAACCUUAUAAAUGUGACGAGUGUGGAAAGAGCUUUACUCAGAAAGUCAAUCUUAAUUCCCAUAAAAUGAUUCACACAGGGGAGAAACCAUAUAAGUGUGAAGAGUGUGGAAAGAGCUUUACUCAAAAUAUUCAAUUGACUUCACAUCAGAGAAUCCAUACAGGGGAAAAGCCAUAUACAUGCAUGGAGUGUGGGAAAAGCUUCAGGUGGAGCACUCAGCUUACUUCCCAUCAAAGGAUCCACACAGGAGAGAGACCAUAUAAAUGCAUGGAAUGUGGGAAGACUUUCAGUGAGAGCAGUUCUCUUACUUUCCACAAGAGGAUCCACACAGGGGAGAAACCAUAUAACUGCAUGGAAUGUGGAAAGAGCUUCAGCAUGAGCAGUUCACUUACCUACCAUAAAAGGAUCCACACAGGGGAAAAGCCAUAUAAGUGCUUGGAGUGUGGAAAGAGCUUUACGCAGAACAUUCAACUUACGUCUCAUAAAAUGAUCCAUACAGGGGAGAAGCCAUACAAAUGCACUGAGUGUGGCAAAAGCUUCAACACAACCAGCAACCUUGCUUGUCACAAAAGAAUCCACACUGGGGAGAAACCAUACAAAUGUAUGGAGUGUGGAAAGAGUUUUACUCAAAAUAUUCAACUCACUUCCCAUGUAAGGAUUCACACAGGGGAGAAACCAUAUGAAUGUAAAGAGUGUGGAAAGAGCUUUACUCAAAAGAUUCAACUUACCUCUCAUAAAAGGAUCCACACGGGGGAAAAACCAUAUAAGUGCAGGAAAUGUGGAAAGAGCUUCCGUAAUAAUGGGUCCCUUACUCUUCAUGAAAGGAUCCACACUGGAGAGAAACCGUAUACAUGCAUGGAGUGUGGAAAGAGCUUCAGCCGGGGCAGUCAUUUUGCUUCCCAUAAAACAAUCCACACAGGAGAAAGGCCGCACAAAUGCCUUGAGUGUGGAAAAAGUUUCCGUGAAAACACUUCUCUUACUAUUCAUAAAAGAAUCCACACUGGGGAGAAGCCAUAUAAGUGCUUGGAAUGUGGAAAGAGGUUCCGUGAGAAUGGGUCAUUUACAUCCCAUAAAAGAAUCCAUACAGGGGAGAGGCCAUAUAAAUGCAUGGAAUGUGGAAAGAGCUUUACGACGAGCAGUAAUCUUACAUCCCAUAUGAGGAUCCAUUUAGGAGAGAAACCAUAUAAGUGCAUGGAGUGUGGAAAGAGCUUUACGCAGAAGGUUACUCUUAAUUCCCAUCUGAUGAUUCACACAGGAGAGAAACCAUAUAAAUGUAUGGAAUGUGGUAAGAGCUUCAGAAAGACCACUCAGCUUACUUCCCAUCAAAAGAUUCACAGAGGCGAAAAACCAUAUAAAUGCACGGAGUGUGGAAAGAGCUUUACCCAAAAGGUUACUCUGGAUUUCCAUAAAAUGAUUCAUACCGGAGAGAAACCAUAUACAUGUAUGGAGUGUGGAAGGAGCUUCCGGAAGAGUUCUCGUCUUAUUUCCCAUCAAAGGAUCCACACAGGGGAAAAACCAUACAAGUGCACGGACUGUGGAAAGGGCUUCAGCUUGAGCAGUUCCUGUACAUAUCAUAAAAGGAUCCAUGCAGUUGACCGAAUGUAUGAAUGCAUGGAAUGUGGAAAGAGUUUCAGCCAGUGUAGCUAUCUUAAUUCUCAUAAAAAAAUUCACACAGGGGAGAAACCAUAUAAAUGCACAGAUUGUGGGAAGAGCUUUAAUCAGAAGUGUAAUCUUAAUUACCAUAGAAUGAUUCAUACGGGGGAGAAACCGUAUACAUGUGAAGAAUGUGGAAAGAGCUUUAUCCAGAACUUUCAACUUACCUAUCAUAAACGGAUCCACACAGGGGCAAAACCAUACUCGUGUUUGGAGUGUGGAAAGAACUUCAGAUGGAGUAUUCAGCUGACUUCCCAUCAAAGGACCCACACGAAGGAGAGACCGCAUAAAUGCACGGAAUGUGGAAAGUGUUUUAGCCAGCGCUGUAAUCUCAGUUCGCAUAAAAAAAUCCACACACAGGAGAAGCCAUAUCAAUGCAUGGAAUGUGGAAAGAGCUUUACUCAAAAGGUUACUCUUCAUUCCCACAAAAUGAUCCACACAGGGGAAAGGCCAUAUCCAUGUAUGGAGUGUGGGAAGAGCUUCCGGAAAAGCAGUCAGUUUACAUCCCAUCAAAGGAUCCACACGGGAAAACCCAUAUAAGUGCAUGGAUUGUGGAAA